CAACAUUUAGGUGGAUACCUGAACUGGGUUCUGAAUGUUCUACCAUGGGGCCAUCUUGCUCUUUCUUCUUUGUAUAGAAAGAUGGCUAGAAAGACUCACUCUUUUACAAAGAUUUUCAUCAAUGCUGCAGUUAGAGAGGAUCUCUUCUGGUUUUCAUCUAUUCUGCCAGAUUCUAUAGGUGUUCAUUUUGUUGACUCAGCUCUCUGGGCUGACUCAGAAGCUGACAUGAUUUUUUGA